UCCAUCUCUAGAACAGCUGUAGUAUGGGAGCUUUUUGGCAUCUUGCAAGUGACAACGACAACCGAAAGCAAAUGCAUUGAAGAGGACAAGGUUUUUUGUAAAUUAUGUUUGGAUGAGCAGAAAAAGAACGACGAAACAAUAAUAUUGUCAUGUGCUAAAAUUCAGUCGUAUUCCAAGAACUGCUCAACAGGGAACUUAACUCGUCACCUUAAAAACGAACACAAUGUUCGCGAUAUCGAUUCUAGCACUUCAUUAGCUACAGGUGGAACGAUAUCAAAUUUUUUCAACAAAUCCACGCCAAUAAGGUCUCUAAGAGAUAGUAAAUGGGCGCUGGGACGAGAGCUAGCUUUGUGGAUGGCUAGAGAUCUGCUCCCAUUUCAUACAAUUAGCCACAAUGGAAUUAAAGAUUUCUUAACCAAAUAUAAAGUUGUGGUAACUGCUGAUGAUAUUCCACAUUACAAAACACUUUCAACAACUGCACUAGACGAUGUGUAUGAAUGCGUUUUAAAAGCAGUUAUACGGAUAGUAUCUGGACAAAAACACUUUGCCUUAACCUUUGAUUUGUGGACGGACAAUUAUAGAAGAAGAAGUUAUAUCACAUUUACAUUCCAUUAUCUGUCACCGAAUUUUGGUAUGAAGCAUUUCACGCUGGAAACAAAAUACUUGUCAAAAUCUCACUCCGCAAGUAAUAUUUUAACAGAGCUUCAAGAUGUAACUCAAAUUUAUAAUUUGCAAAUGGAAUCUAAUUUCGUCGUAACCGACCAAGGUAGCAAUAUCAAAAAAGCUAUUAAUUUGGGGUGUUUAAACAACCAUUUCUGCCUUGGACAUGGACUACACAAUUUGCUAAAUGUAGAUGGCUACAAUUCCGUGUCGGAAAUUAAAAACUUAAUUGUGAAGUGCAAAAGUAUUGUGAGAGCUUUACGAUUUAAGACACAUGUUUUAAGAUGUCAAGCUGACGCACUUCAAAAUGAAGUUUUGUCAAAUAUCGACAAUUUAGAAGAGCUGCUUGCAUCCGAAGACACUGAAUGGGUUGACUACGAUGAUGAUUUUGGACCGUUGGAUGAUGUUCCCUUGCAAACUUAUAAAAACAUUAACAACACUAAUGACUUGCGAAGUAGUUUGGUGGACAAGAGGAAUGUUUCUCUUAAAAACUCGGUCCCAACUAGGUGGCACAGCGUUUUAGCCAUGCUUCACAGUCUUGGGUGCCAAAGAGCUGCAAUAAAUAAAUUGCUCACUAGCAGCAACAAGAUUGAUUUGAUACUAUUAGAGACUGAAGUACAGCUUUUAUAUAAGCUUCGUGACUUCUUGCAAAAAUUUAAAGACGCAGUAAAUAUUCUGUCUGGAGAUUUGUAUUCAUCCAUAAGCCUUGCGUUAGUUAUCAGAACAGAGAUCGUCUCAAUUUUGGGUGAAGCUGAGAGCAAUGAACCGCUUUCUUUGUUUGAAAUGAAAAAUAAUAUAAAGAGUAAAUUGGAUUCGAGAUUCCCAAUAUCAGAUAUUCUAGUCUGCGCAUCCUUACUAGAUCCGCGAUUUAGCUCACUAGAUUGUGUGUUAGAGUACUGUAAAGACCAAAAUUUAACAAAAUCUGAUUUUUUGCUAAAAAUGUUUAAAGAGCUGAUUGGCGAUGUACAACAAGCUAGCGAUCAGCAGGAUAGUUUAAGUGAAUCUCCAUCUGUAAGCAAAAUAUUAAAGCUUGCUCAGCGACAUUCUACAAAUACCAAAAAUAGCAAUUUGGAAGCUGAAUGCCAUCUACUUUUAAGUUUGUCUUCAUGCCAAGACGUUUUAAGUUUCUGGAGGGAAAAGGCAUCUGCAAUGCCCUUAUUAUCUAUGCUUGCAAGAAAAGUUCUGUGUAUUCCAGCAACAAGCACACCCAGUGAGCGAGUCUUUUCUAUAGCAGGUCUAACAAUAACACAUAAACGGUCGCAGCUCAGUCCUCACAACGUUAAUAAAAUUGUUUGCAAAGAAAACUUAUCUUAAUUUAUUAUUUUUUUUUAACUUUGCAAAAAGAAAUUUAGAUCUCAAUU